AAACUGGCUUUGGUUUAUCCAAGAGAAUGUAGGAUGUUGUUCUUCCUUGUAAUAGCCGUUUGCAUCCCACAAGUUGUGUCUGGCCUACCAGAAGCAUACUUGUCCGAGAGGCAUGAGAAAUGGAUGGCUGAAUAUGGACGAGUUUAUAAGAAUGACGCAUUAAAGGAAAUGCAAUUCAAAAUAUUCAAAAGCAAUGUGGAGUUUAUAGAGUCGUUCAAUGCCGCAGGAAACCGUGGUUACAAGCUAAGCAUAAAUGAAUUUGCAGAUCAGACCAACGAGUUUAAGGCUUACAGGAACGGAUACGGAAGGCCCCAGAGACUGAAAUCAAGAAAACAGACAUCAUUUAGGUACGAGAAUGUAACAAGUUUGCCUGCCAGCAUAGACUGGAGGAAAAGAGGAGCCGUUACGCCCAUCAAGGACCAAGCACAAUGUGGUAGCUGCUGGGCAUUUUCGGCUGUCGCAGCAACUGAAGGAAAUCCAACUACAAGACAACUAAUUUCCUUGUCUGAGCAAGAACUGGUUGAUUGUGAUAAAGGUGUGGAUCAGGGAUGUGAAGAUGGAAUGGAAGAUGAAUUUGAAUUCAGAAUCAGAAAUCAUGGCAUUGCAUCAGAAGCCACUUACCCUUACAAGGGUGAUGAUGGUACUUGCAACAAAUCAAACGAAGCUUCCCAUGCAGCUACAAUUAGUGGCUAUGAGAUUGUUCCUGCAAAUAAUGAACAGGCGUUACAGAAAGCUGUUGCAAGCCAACCAGUAUCAGUGUCCAUUGAUGCCGGAGGUUAUGCCUUCCAAUUCUACUCGAGAGGAAUUUUCACUGGAGAGUGCGGAACUAAACUAGACCAUGGUAUUACAGCUGUUGGGUACGGUACCUCUGAAGAUUGUAUUGAUUAUUGGCUUAUCAAGAAUUCAUGGGGCACAGGAUGGGGUGAAAAAGGAUACAUCAUGAUGCAGCGAAACAUCAAAGCUAAAGGUCUUUGUGGCAUAGCCAUGGACUCCUCUUAUCCAACAGUCUAA